ACGGACGGACGCACGGCUCUAGCGAAGGGCGGCUUUUCGCUGGCUCCUCUCCAAAGGAAGGGCUCCUCGUUCGCCAGUCCUGCUUCUCCGCCCCCAGCAGCCCAGCCCAGCAGCCCAACCCGGCUGGCCAGCAUCGCUCUCGCCUCGCAGCCGUCGCCCCGGGCUCCUCGCUCCUGCUCUGCAAGGCUCGCUUCGGCGUGGACAAGGUCCAUCAAACAGUACGCAAGAUGCCGUCCCAGUUGGAACACGCGAUGGAGACCGUCAUGUUCACUUUUCAUAAAUUCGCUGGAGACAAGAACUAUCUCACAAAAGAAGAUCUCCGGCAGCUGAUGGAGAAGGAGGUUCCAGGCUAUAUGGAAAACCAGAAGGACCCAAUGGCCAUCGAAAGGAUCAUGAAGAACCUGGAAGAGUGCCGAGACGGCAAAAUCAACUUCGAGGGCUACCUGUCUCUGUUUGCCGGGCUCACCAACGGUUGCAAUGAAUAUUACGUGAGAAAGAUGAAACCGACUGGAAAGAAGUAUUGAAGGAAAUGGCAGGGCCCAUCUCUCCUAUAGCACUGACAGCGCGUUUUGGCACUGUGCUGAUUCACCCCGAAAUAACCACCCUACCUACCGGCCAUUCCAGAUCCCGCUGUUUCCGCUUAAAGGUGCCACAUCUUGUCUCAGACCUACUAGCCCAACGUUGGAGUUAAGUACAAGAUGGUGGCACUUCAUACUAACCAACCCCAUCCCCACAAGCCUGCCAUUUGUCCCUUGAGAUGUUUGAAUCCAGCAUCACUUCAAGGAACAAGUAAGCUUACCUUUUCCCCUGUGACGCGCUGCUCAACACGCCCCUGAAAUAAAACAAUGUUUUUUGUAUUGGA